AUGGAUGUGAUCAGAGAAUUUGAAGAGCACAAGAAGAUAGAUUGGAGUACAAACUGUUCUUUCAUCAGCUUAAUUCCAAAGAAAGAUCAGGUAGGAACUCCUCAAGACUUUAGAUCAAUUAGUUUGGUCAAUAACAUCUACAAAGUAAUUUUAAAAGUUUUAACUCGGAGAUUCAAGUAUGUAUUACCUAAAAUGAUUUAUGAGAAUCGAGGAGCAUUCAUAUCAGAUAAGCAAAUUUUGGAUAUUAUCCUAAUUGCAUGGGAGUUGGUUGAUAGAAGAUUUAAAAGCACAACACCUGGAAUUUUGUGUAAGCUUGACAUUAAAAAAGCUUUUGAUAAUGUUAGAUGGCACAUAGUUAAGAAUGUGCUUCAAAAUUCUGGAUUUGGAGCUAAAUGGGUUAGCUGGAUUGAGUGGUGUAUAACAUAUGCACAACACUCUUUGCUGAUAAAUGGAGUCUCUACUUCAAAGUUUAAGCCUCAAAAAGGAUUAAGACACGGAUAUCCUCUCUCUCAUUUAUUAUUCAUCCUAGUUGCUGAAAUUUUCUCAAAGCUAAUGAAGAAUGCAGUUCAAUUGAAUAUGAUCUCAGGGUUUUCAGUUAGCUCAAUUCAAGUCUCUCAUCUUCAAUAUGCUGAUGGGCUGAGGGUAAACUUUAACAAAAGCUCUGUCAUAAGCAUAGGAGCUGACCACAAAAUAGGAGAUAUUUUAAGAAUCCUGAAAUGUAAAAUUGAGAAACUGCCAUUAAAUAUUUGGGUUUGGCUGUUGGAGCAAAUGCAAGAUAUGCUGAUAGAGAAGUUCCCGAAAAAGCUUGCUCCAUAG